UGUCUGUCUUUCACGGCCUCACGUGGUACGCUUACGUGCAUGCUCCAAAGCCCCUUUUCCUUUCUUUCUUUUCACUUUUUACUGUUCUAGUAUCUAGCUAUAAUAUCCUGAGUGUGCAUACAACUAUCUCAAGCGAGCUGUUCAUCAGUUUAACGCGGAUGAUCUUUCUUUGAUUCAGAUGUAUUUGUCUUUUAUACGUUGUACCCUCGCAUCUGAGUGUGUGUUUUCCUGAACUGAAAUUAGUCUACCGAAGCAACGGACGCGCGCGCGAUGUCGUACUGGAACAGCAGAUCAUACUUGGGCGCCCAGAGCGGCAACAACCAGCAGGACGGAUACGGCGGCGGCCAGCAGUAUGAAGCGACCAGCGGCAAGAAACGCUCGUCCUCGCGCCUGAAGAAGAGCAGCGGCAGCAAGAAGGCCGACGAUGGAGAAGAGUAUCCGAACUACACCGCCAACAACAACGGUAGCCACGCCGACGCCGACGACAAGGGCCGCUACAACAGGAACGGCAACUACAACAGCAACACCAGCAACGAUUACAGCGGCGGCGCCAAAGCCUACAACGGUAGCGCAGUAGGCUCUCCCUACUAUGGAGGCGGCGGCGGCGUCGGCGUCUACGGCAACAACUCGCCCUACGGCAACGGCGGCGACGUCUACGUGCCAUACAACGCCCCCGCGGCGUUCUGGGCCCCGCAGGACGGCACGAGGUCGCCCAUGUACAUCUCCACGAAGGAGGUGCACGUGUACGCCGUGCCAGGGUCGCAGAACGAGAACGACAACGAUCAGAAGAGGAGAGGCGGUGGCGGCGGGUUUUUCGGUCCGGCGUUCCAAGCCGUCGGCCACUUCUUCGACCGCAGGUUCGGCUUCCAAGACAGGAACUGACGCACAGAUCGACGGCGUGCUGCACAAUAACCGCACAAUAAUGCAUGCUCGCGUCGGGUCUGCCACUGAAUGCAUAAGUACCACUGCCGCACGCAUAUUAGUAUUAUCACCGUACGCACGUGCUAAUUAAGCUCCUCACCAAUGGAGCCAUUUGUUCGCAUCAAAUAUUGUGUGCUUUCGUUUUAGUCCCGGUCGAGUUUGCCAGUGUUUUCCAGUCUGCAGUUAUCGAUGCCGAUCUGCAGAAUUGGGUGUGGUGUGUACACUGCAUGCAUGCAUGCAUGCGAGUAGAUCUGCAGAACUGCAGAUUAUGUAUAUUAUUGUGUGCUUUGUUUUGCAAUUGCGAGUGGGUGUUACAUAUAUAUGGUCACUAUAUAUUGAUUGGCUAA